AUGGUAUCCCACAAGUUCCUGGUUGCCAUUGCAGCCAUGUCCCUUGCGACAGGCUCUUCUGCUGGUCCAUGCAUCCCACAGUCACCCGUCACAACCGAGACAGUAACAAGUUCAGGCACCGAAACCAGCUUGACAACAGUCUCUUCCACUGAGGUGGCCUCUAGCACAGAAACCACCAUCUCCAGCGCCACCGAAACUGCCUCUACUACAGAGAAGGUUACUUCCUUCAGCACUACCGAGACGCCUUCGACAACUGCAGCGCCUACUUCUACCACAACUACGGAGGAGGAGAUUAUCAUCACAAUGGCCAAGAGAUCCUUCCAGGAUGGCCCUCCUCUCAGAAGAAAUGUCCACUGCGAGGUCAACGGCUCGCCCAGAGCAAUCUCGCCGGUUGACGAGUUCAACGAGGAGCGACCGGGCGUGCCAAUUUCCAUCGAGGGUUGCUAUCAGAGAUGCAAGGACAGAGCCAACGCCGAGUCUAGUUGCAAGUCCUUCUCCUUCUCUUAUGGUCACCUUGGCCAACCCCUGUGUGAUCUCUUUGGCGGGAGCGUUUCGGAAAGUGUAAGCACGCUGGACCAUGCUGAGGUUUCCUUAUGGUUCGAUCUCGUCUGUGGUUCGCCCUCCGAGAAGGGAUGGGAGCCGAGUGAUUCUUGA